AUCUCAGUUCUGCCCGUGCUCUCCGCGCCUCGUCGCCAUGCCUCGCAAAAUUGAGGAAAUUAAGGACUUUCUGCUCACAGCCAGGCGAAAGGACGCCAAAUCGGUCAAGAUCAAGAAAAAUAAGGAUAAUGUGAAGUUUAAGGUUCGAUGUAGCAGGUACCUUUACACCUUGGUCAUCACAGACAAAGAGAAGGCGGAGAAGCUGAAGCAGUCCCUGCCCCCAGGUUUGGCAGUGAAGGAGCUGAAAUGAAUCACGCACACUGAUUUGAACUGUAUUAAAAAAUUUGUAAUUCUCAAAA